ACAAAUAUUUUUAUAUCACUAUUGCCAAAUAUCAAAUAAUUUAAUAUUUCAAAGUUAUAAUAAGUUGUAAGUAGUGCUAAAAAUUAUUAAUUUAAGAUGUAUAAAUUAAUUUUAUAAUAUAUUAAUGUAUUAAAAUUUAUAAAUUAGUUUUAAAUGCUUAUAAAUCCUAAAACAAUGUAUAAAUGAUAAUAAAUAAUUUAAUAACAUUUAAUGACUUUUUGUGAUAAAACCCUUCAACUAAAGAUGAAUCGUAAAAAAAACCCUCAACUAAAAAUCCAAUGAAAUAAACCCUCAACUUAUAAACCGUUAACAUAUGUCACCCUCCGUCACGAUUUUUUAGACGGAGGGUAACAUAUGUUAACGGAACUAAAGUUGAGGGUUUAUUUCACAGGAUUUUUAGUUGAGGGUUUUUUUUACGAUUCAUCUUUAGUUGAGGGGUUUAAUUACUAAAAACCCUUCUUUUGACAACUUGUAUAGAAUACACUCACUAUCAUGGCAGAGUACUGCAACUCCAACUAAGGCUCUGGAUUCAUUAAAUAUAUUGCUAAUUUAUGUGAAGUGUAAAUUUUUAUUUUUUUAUGGGUCCUAUAAAUAUUAUACCCCUUUAGGAAAUAUUACUCCUUUAAGAAAAGAUUGAGGUAACAGGCCAAAUCUUACUCCUUUAAGAAAAGCAAAUUCUAUCACCAAAAGAACAAACCCUAACCCAAGAAAUAGUUUUUGUUGUCAUUGUGAUGGAUAAGAUGGAUCUACAAAGAGAGUUUCACAUGACAGGAGGAGUAGGGAAAACUAGUUAUGCAAGAAACUCUUCCUUCCAGAAGAAAGCCUAUGAUCAGGCAAAAGACAUAAUACUAAAGACACUGCAACAACUCUACAAAGAGACAAGACCCAAGAGUCUAGGAAUAGCUGACUUGGGAUGUUCUUCAGGACCAAAUACUCUUUCCACCAUUAGAGACAUCAUCAAAGCCGUCAUAGUUGCUCACCACCGUGAGAUACCAAACGAGCCUUUGCCGGAAUUCAGUGUCUCCCUUAACGAUCUUCCCCGAAAUGACUUCAACUCUAUAUUCAAGUCCUUGCCUGACUUUCACAUAGAGCUCAAGAGAGAUACCAAGAAUGAUCAUUCCCCUUCAGUUUUCAUUGCAGCCUUCCCUGGAUCAUUUUAUGGAAGGCUAUUCCCUGAAAAUACCAUCCACUUCAUAUAUGCCUCUUUCAGCUUACACUGGCUUUCCAAGAUUCCUUCAGCUUUGUAUGACGAUCAAGGCAAGUCCAUAAACAAAGGGUGUAUUAACAUCUGCUCAUCGAGUCCUGAAGCUGUUUCCAAAGCUUACUACAGCCAGUUCAAGGAAGAUUUCUCCAUGUUCCUCCGGUCUCGAUCAAAAGAGGUGGUUGCUGCAGGCAGAAUGGUUCUCAUAAUACUCGGAAGAGAAGGUCCCGAACAUGUUGGUAGAGGAAACUCUUUCUUAUGGGAACUUCUCGCAAGAGCCAUAGCAGAUCUUGUCUCACAAGGAGAAAUUGAGGAAGAGAAGCUGGAUUCUUACGAGCUGCACUUUUACGCCCCAAGUGCUGCUGAGAUAGAAGGUGAAGUGAACAAAGAAGGGUCUUUUGAAUUAGAGAAGUUAGAUAUGUUGGAAGUAGACAUGGAGUGGGGCAACGAGGAUGGUAUCAGUUACGGCAAGGCGGUUGCAAAGACGAUAAGAGCGGUUCAAGAGUCAAUGCUUGCUUCACACUUCGGAGAAGAGAUUUUGGACAAGCUGUUUGAUACAUAUGGUAGAAUAAUUGACGAGGAGGUUGCUAAGGAAGACAUAAAACACAUCACACUUUUUGUUGUCCUGAGAAGGAAGCUCUGAAACAUUGACAAUCGAAGAAGAGAGCCCUCCCUUGAGUUCCACGUAACCAAAGGGAGAUUA